UAUUUAUCUACUAAAUUCCAACCUCCCAUCAUGUAGACUGAGAUAAAUAAAACUUUUUAAUAUAUCCUAUAUCAUAUAAUAUACAUCUUAUUACCAUAAUUCCAUUUUUGAGGGGGGAUAAUCCAUUUCGAGCGGUUUAUCUGGUUUUUUUUGUGAAGGGGUAGGCAUAAUUAUUAGCAUAAUAUUAAAGAGUUGAAAUAUGUCUUUGUUUUUGUACUCCACAGUAGCAUUAAAUAUAAUGUUGCAAAUUAUUGGCCUUAGUAUUGAGUAACUGAGCGUUUUUAAGGCAUGUUUUGCCAUGGACCUCAAACGGGCACCAAAAUAAGAGGGUACCAAUUCUUAAAAGGCUGGCAACACAUUUUCAAGCCUUCUAGCAGUGUGAGUGUCCAUGGGCAGCUAUAUUACUAAAUCAGGCUGUUGUCUAAUCGUGGUUAGUGGUCACAUGGGUGGUGAUGGCAGGAAGCGGAUGGCGAAGGAGCGCGGGUCGCCUGCGCACUCUACGCGUUCUGCUCAGAGACACGAACCGCGCCCUGCGAGAUGUGAGAGACGUGUUGAAUUGUGAUCCCGAUGUGUCAUCAACUGUAGAAGACAUAAAUGAACAAUGUUCCCGACCUACUGCGCUGGUUAUUCUGGGAACUAGUCCCGAUGCAAAGGCUCGUCUUGUGCACUGCAUUCUUGGAAGGCGGUUGCUGCCCGACCCACUUCCUAGAGGAUGCCGCUGGUUACGCAUUCAGUAUGGGUCGAGCACCCAAGUACACCUCACGCUAGGGACAAGUGAGUUCGAGCUGGUUGAAGAAUUGGAGUGCAAUCGACAGCCAUGGGACACUUUGCCUUUGCAGGAUAUACUUCGUCAAGACAGUAACGACCUCACAACGAUGCUUGAAAUCGAACUGAACAAUUCCUUCCUCAAAGAUGGUCUUCGAAUAAUCAUUCCGCCGGACCUUGAAACCGAUUCUGGCCAGACAUCCUUACACGGUCUAAAAGAGCUCUACUCAGAUUUUUAUCAAAAACGAGACAGCAUUUUACGGAAUUACUCCCCGAUAUAUCUCUACGCGCUGGACCGCUAUGGAAGGAAUAUCUUCAACGAACCAAUUAAUAAAAUGUCGGUUUCGAGAAGCGAUGAUGAUUUUUGGGCGACCUUUGAUUUGUAUAAUGUCACGAAAGUUGAUAUAGUCAAGAAAAUUUAUCCCGUUGUCUGGAAGGAGAGCUGUGAACCGGCGGUCUUCAGUGUAGAGAAUUGUCUGGAUCUCCAUCAAAUAAAGGAAAUUAAUUCCAGCUCUCAGGUCCUUUUCGUUCUUUUCUCGGACAGUCUGAGUGAGGACCGACGAAUGGAAGUGAAUGAAGCGACUGAGUCGACUGAAUCGCCGUAUAGGAGUGAAGAACUGCCCGAGUCUGACAGAGAUCUUUUAAAAGAUGGAAUUGCUGCCACAAAGUCCUUGGAUCGGAAAGCUUUAGAAAUCCGAUCUCAAGAGGAAAAGACAGCCUUCUUGAACGAGUUGCUUGAUCAGUGGGAAGUUGCUUCAAUCUCCGCAAAGCAUCGCGCAAAAUCUCAAUGGCUGAUUUUAGACGACUCAGAUAUUUUUAAGAACAUAGAUAAGACGGAUACACAGCGUAAGAGAGACCCAGUCGUACGUACAGUUAAAAGCAGAACUGUGUUGAUAAAUAAUGUGCUUAAGUUCGCGACUGAAUGUGUACAGAACUGCAUAUUGGAACACUUCUCGGUUCUAAGUGAGAUACAUGUAAAGGUACUUCAAGAGUUGAUAUUGUCUUCGUUUGAUCUGGCGAGAGAGUUACAGGUGGUGCCUAAAAAGAUACAGUAUGUUGCCAAACAGGAACAGUAUUUGUAUGAAACUAUAAAUGCUAAGUUCUCGGAGGGUGACAAGAAACAGGAAUUGGUGCAGAUAAUGCAAGAAGUAUUACAGGAGAUGAAAUAUGAAAUACACAAUAUGGAUUGGAGCGUUGAUGAUCUCCCGUGUCAUCAAGACAGGCAAUUCAUGAUCUCGAAUUCAAUUUUCUACACACCCAGAAAGUCUCCGAAUAAAGCAAUACGACUGAGCCAAAUCAAUCGGCCACAAAGUAGUACUAGAAAUGAAAACGAUUUGGAUGAGGCAGAUUCGUGCCAUUUGGUGGACAAUGAGGAAGACAAUGUGAGUUUGUCGGAUGGUGAAGAAGCGCUGUCGUACGAUAGUUUUAACAUCGAUGAUUAUGAUGUUGUGAUGUCUAAUGAGGAAAGCUUUGGAGCUAGUCAGAGUUAUAUAGAUUAUUUUAAGAGUACAAGACAGCCUCUCAGCGGUACAAUCCCAAUAGCGAACGAAACUGAGUCGCUCCCCCUUUCUCCAAGUUUUAGUGGUCGAAGCACGGUAUCCACUUGCUCAAACACUACCUUAUCCACCAAGCAGGCUUCGCUUGACGUGCAAAGGACAGUCCUGUCCAAACUAAGUCACAAGAUAAGUGUGAAGCUAGUCAAGUUUGUAGAUUGCCUCAAAGACACUUACUUUGGUACUUUACAGAGGUGUCUAGAAUCGUUGGAGUUGUGUUGCCGAGAAGAGCUAGGCGGUCGUCCGGCGAGUGAAGCGAUGCGGCAAGUGGUUUCUGCGGCGGAUCGGAUCGACUUGCAGCCUUGCGCAUCCUUCUCCCUACUGAGGAGCUUAUUAGACUCCAUUAGAAGACUGUUCUAUAGAUUGCGAGUAGUGACUGGCGAAGCCGAAUCGGCGUGCUGUGCACUAAGUCCAAUUUGGCGACGGCAGGUGGCGCUACACACACUCGCGUCCCUCUCCACGCAUAAGCUCGCUCGCCUCAUCUCCGAACAGAUCGUGGAGCGUCUGAGCGUCGCUCAUGGGCGAUACCAAGCGGCGCUGACGUCACUGGACACGGCGCUUACUGCUCGUCUGCAUAAUACUGAAGACGUCAAACUCACCAUUAGAAAGAAGUACGCUCCGCUCUUCGCCCGGUUGUGUCUAGAGAGUACAUCAAUGUGUGAUCUUCUGAUGUACGGCGUACCGGACCUUGGCCGAGAAAUCGGUCGAGGGCAGUACGGUGUGGUAUACGCAGUGCGUGGUUCAUGGGCGGGAACGACGCCUGUGGCUGCUAAGUCUGUAUUGCCUGCUGACGAUAGACACUACCACGAGCUAGCUAUGGAGUUUUUCUAUACCAGGAGUAUUCCGUCCCACCCGCGUAUCGUCCGCCUACUCGGGUCCUUGGUACAGCGUGGCGGUGGCGGAUGUGUUAGCGUCACAUUGGUCUCAGAGAGAUGGGCUCGCGAUCUUCACACUGCCGUAAGAGCUGGACUCAGUUUUGCCCAAAGGAUGAGAGUCAGCUGUGAUAUUGUUGAAGGCAUCCGACAUCUUCACUCCCUAGGCCUAGUCCAUCGAGAUAUUAAACUCAAGAAUGUCCUCUUGAACAACGAGAAUAGAGCUGCAUUAUCUGAUCUGGGCUUCUGUGCCGCUGGAGCGCUGGUAUCGGGGUCUUUGGUAGGAACACCUGUACAUAUGGCACCAGAACUGCUGGCCGGAAGAUAUCAGAGUGCGGUCGAUGUGUAUGCAUUUGGGAUACUCUUCUGGUAUCUCUGUGCGGGAAGUAUCCGCUUGCCAGCUGCUUUUGAGACUUUCCAGAACAAGGAACAGCUCUGGAGUAAGGUAAAACGAGGUCUUCGACCGGAACGCUUGCCCCAGUUUUCAGACGAGUGUUGGGACAUAAUGCAGUCCUGUUGGGCCACAGAGCCUUGCCAAAGAGCCUUAUUGGGGGAUAUCCAACCGCGGCUUGAGGCAGUAUUACGCGCUGCUCUUAUCGAAGAUGAACCCGGACCUAUAUUCACACAGCGGAACAGUCUUUCCGAAGAUGACAGUCUUAAUAUGACAGGUCUGGAUGAUUGACGGCCUUUGUUGUUUGUGACAAAAUUUUUGAACUGUUGGCAAAAUAUGAAAAAAAUACAUUUCAAUUUAAAAAAAAUGACAAAUGAUAUUGGCCUUAAAUGUGGAUUUAAGAGCGUUACCAUGGUUACGAUGUAUAAAUACAGUUCCCACAUAAAAAAGAUUGAAUCCAUGUUUUAUAAGGAAAUUGAUAUAGAUUUUUAUCGAAAUUGCGUUUUGUUUAUAAGCACUCAAUCUAUGAUUGCUUUUUUUUAAAUAUAUGGCACUUAACAGUUAUAAGAAAGCGAUGGAUCGUCGCGUUUGCAAAACGCGACACGAUUGUAUUAUUUUCUUUUUAUUCAGUGUUUGAUACCGCAUCUGUAAGUUCAAUUCCAUAAGCCUCCUAUUACGCCAUCAUUGCCCAAUAAACUUAGCAACACCUAUUCUCUAUAAUAAGAGAUAAAAAUAUUCGUAAAUUUUCUCCCAAAAUUUUGUAUUGAAUUUUUCACAACAAUUUACGAAUAAAAUUAUUGUUUGCGUAACAAAAGCACUACGAUAAGUAUAAUAAGUGAUAGAUUUUCUAUCGCUUGUAUCAGUUAAAAGUAUGUAGUAUUAAAAAAUAUGAAGUAAGGCUGAUAAGGGUGAAUCUAACUGUCAGGGAUAACGCAAUCAAAGUUAUGAAUACUGUAAAAUCUGUUUGAAUCGUUUUAUACACAAUCAGUUAAUAUUACCACAAACAAAGAUUAUUCUAUAAUCUAUACAAACGUGUGAUACUAAUUAGGUCAUUAUCGGGGGCUAAAGUCUGGACUCACCCGUAAGUCACGUCAGUCUAGUUAACACUUAAGUAUUUGUUUUAAGAACAUCACACUCCCGUACUGCUUCCGCUUGCAUCCAUUGAGUUCUCACACUCAGCUGUUGACUCUUUUACCGAACGACUCGUAAUAGAAUAUAACAGUGAGACAUGCACUGGUAGCACAUAUUUACGGGUGAGUGGAAGUAAUAAAAAUGUCAAGUUUUAUAGUAACGUGUCAAUAAAAACUUUCGGUAUAUCCUUAGAUUAAAAUGUUUCAGUGGUGCUAAAUUAAAAAUGAUAAUGAAAUUAUUCUAAAUGAAUACAUUAGUCUUAAGUGCUUCUUCUGAGGUCUCAGGAAAGAUCUGAAUAUAUGUAUGUUUUAAUAUACGCUUCUUGCUUAUAUAUAUUAGUAUAGCGCAAUUAUAAACGGUAUUAAAACAUGUUUUAAUAUAUAUAGAGGUCACGUAUUAUAUAUUAUUAUUACAUUAAAGGUUCCUUUAUAUAUACAGUCAUUGAGCAUGACACGUGCCGUGUCGCAAUCAACCGUGACGGUUAUACCGUGUCAAACAUUAAGCCACAUUAUCACAGUCACUAUGGCCGCGCAGAAAUGUUCCAUUAACAAUACCUUCCAAAUUAGGCACGCACAGACAAAUACUGGCCAGAUACGGCCUCUGAUUGGUGGCCUUACGUUUGUAAACAAACGUUUAUACAGAUUAGAUGAAAAUUAUUUUGUCUGCUACCUCAUAUCUGGCACGUUCGAUGUUUAAACGAACUAUUAAACGUUACUGUAAAAUUAUAAAUACACAACAUUCGAGCUAAACUAAGACUGACCGUUAAGCAUAAAUUAAAAAUAUUCGCAUUUUCAAUUUGGUUUUAUGAAAUUAAGGAAAUCACCCUAUUGAACAAUGAAAUUUGAUCAAGUGAUCUCGUAAUUGAUUUUUAUAUGCAUUUUAUUAUAUUGUUGGCUUUAUUUGUGUUAUGUAGUCUAUAGUUUCGGCGAAAAGAUAAUGUUAGAAGGGAUUCGAAUAUUGUACUAAAGUGUCGCUAUUUCGACCACCACUUCACGCUUCAACACAUUUGCGAUAUCUAUAGAUAAUGAUUGUUAAUUCACACAGCACAAGUCUUCCAUCCUUAUAUAUUCAGUGUCAGUCUAAUAAAGUUAUGUUUCCGCCAUAUUGAUAAUAUAAAAGUAUUUUCAAACGAUGGAACUAUUCGCUACUUAUGUUUUCUAUGUUGAAAUAUUAUAGAUGUUUGAACAAAUUUAAGGUUCAAAUGUUGUUUUAUUUUUGUUCUGUAAGCAAUAAUUAAAUGCUAUUUAUCAUAAUAAAAUAUUUUUCAGAUU